CCAUCGCCAGCCCUAUUCUUCGCCGGCACUCCUAAUUGUCACUAUCUCACCAUAUCAUGAUUUAAUAUAUCUACAGCGCCAUGUCAAGCCUUGUUAUCGGAACGCCCCCCGUGGGUCUCGACCUGACUGAGAAUAGAAUCGCCCGCAAUGACGGUACGGUUGCUGUCGUCAUGGCGAUUGCCACGGUUUUCGUGGGUUUGCGAUUUUGGGCACGAAUGAUAAAUGAAAGUGCUAGAUUGGCGUAUGAUGAUUGGUUUGUUUUAUUGGCAUUGGUAUGCGGCGCAUAUGGUAUAGGGAAACAUAUUUGGGCUGUGGAUGAGAGUGAUGUCUUAAUGAGCAUGAAAAUUAUCUUCGCCUACGUCGUUCUCUACGCUACUACAGUGCCGAUGGUCAAAUUAUCGGUCCUCUUGCUUUAUCGCCGGGUUUUUCGCCUCACCUGGACCUUGUACUUCUGUGCUUUCCUUUCAAUCGGAUACGCCAUCUCUGUUUCCACCACUAUCUCUCUCGCUUGUGUUCCGACAUCCUUCUUCUGGACUCAGUGGGUCUAUCCUUUAAGUGGAGGCCAUUGCCGCAUCAACCUCUACCUAUUCUAUCUGUGGAACGGCGUCGCCAACCUGUUCACCGACGUCAUCAUUCUAUGUCUGCCUAUGCCGAUCGUCUGGAGCCUACAGAUGCCUAGGGGUCAAAAAUGGGCAAUCAGCGGCAUCUUCUUGCUCGGAGGAUUUGUCUGCGUAGCUACUAUCGUCCGCAUCUGGGCCAUAACGCAGAUGAAGGACUCCGUCGACAUUACCUGGGUAAUCGGCGACGCCAUGAUCUGGUCCAACGUCGAACCCUGCAUCGGUAUCGUUAGCGCCUGUCUCCCCACCCUGCGCCCACUUUUGCGCCGUAUUCCCCAGCUCCGGCUCUGGGGCUUUUUCAACAGCAACGGUCUCUCGCGCGACUAUGGGAAGAGCCACAGCAGGGGUGCUUCGGGCAGUGGUCCGGGGAGUCUCAACGUGUCCGGGAGCCGGGGAAAUGGGAAGAGGAAUCGAUUUCGCCCGGAAGAUGAUGAGAUCUACCUGACCACCGACGUGGGACGCGGUAGUAGCCUUCGGAGGGAUGAGAGUGUGGGUCCGUCUAACGGGUCGACUUCUUCUAGCCAGGAGCCGAUCCAUAUGCAGAUUCGGGUGAAGCAUGGCUUCCAUUGGAGUGAGGAGAAUGAUCACCGUUCUUGA